GCUCCUAUCGUUAAGCGUAGCGUAACAUCAGUCAUAGAGUAGUGUGGAACCUGCGGCAUGAGUUGAGUUUUUAUUUACUGUGUCAUAUAUAUAUAAAUUAUAAAUGUGCGUUUAUAUAGGUGUUGUUCAACAAAAAAAGCGGAUGAAAAGUCGGCGCCAGAGAGUGACGCUGCGAAAACUAGGUCUAAACAAAUCUGACAGGGGCAUUUAGCGCAUUUCCACAAUGUCACCGGAGUUCGCUAUUGGCCUUUUAACGCUCAUAGCAUGCCCUGUCCUUGCUCAAAAGGUAAUCCCAAAACCUCGUACCCUGGCUGAAUUGAAUACACAACCUCUACCAACACUUCGGAUUGUAUACUGUGCAACCUCGGGCUACCAACGAACCUUGCAACAGUAUGUUUCUCUUCUUAGCGAAAAAUACGAAGGUCAGGUCUUAGCACGUGGGGAAGCCUUUCAACAUUCGGCCUGGGCACACUACGUAUCGUAUGCGCUUACGACACUUAAGUUAACGCUUGCAGCACUUUUCAUGUUCAAGGUAAAUAUAUUGCGCCAGCUGCAGUCACGCUAUCCGCGAAUUGUAGAGUUCGCUAUUAAUAACAGGAUGUUAUCUACAAUCUUCGUAUUUCUACUCAUCUCGACACUGGAAGCCAAGUUGACUUCUACAGGACAUUUCGAAAUUUAUUACAAUGACGUACCUGUAUGGAGUAAGCUAGCCAGCGGACGGUUUCCAACACCAGGGGAAUUGUUCCAAAUCAUCGAUAAUCAAAUACUUAUCAAGAAUAGCCCCAGGAUUUCCUUAUGAACCCUGUUCACUGUGUCUGUGUAUGUGUCUGUGUCAACAUUGUAGAAUCUUGCCGAGGUAGCCACUAGGCUAGAGUACACUUUUCAUGUAACGAAGUGUGUAGGACGUUCAUACAGCAAAACGCAAUAAAUGAAGGUAAUAAUAGAUUA